AUGUCUCGAGACGAUAAGACGGGAAACCCGCCUUUGGCGGGGUUAAAAGUCCUCGAACUCGCAGGCAUCGCAAUGGCGCCAUUCACGGGCAUGGUCCUCGCCGACCUAGGCUGCGACGUAGUCCGCAUCGACCCUCCAGCCAAAACGACCACGCCGACCAAAAACAACAACACAACUCCACAAAAACAAAAACGAUGGAUAGAUUCCCUAUGUCGGCACAAGAGUUCCAUCAUCGUCGAUUUUGAGUUUGCAGCGUCGCGGCAAGCGUUCCUGAGACUGCUUGAUGCCGCCGAUGUACUCAUUGAUUCCUAUCGAGCCGGCCUGUUCGAGCGUAUGAUUGGCAUGAGUGCCGAGGAGCUGUGUCGACGAUAUCCAAGACUGAUUUAUGCGCGUGUUACGGGCUAUUCGCGCUACGAUAAGAGAUAUGCUAAUGCAUUGGGCCAUGAGAAUAAUUUCGUGGCGGUGUCGGGGGCAUUGCCUGCUCUGCAGCAUGCGUCGCCACCAAGCAGUACCACUGCUACUCCUUCUUCUAAUGAAGAUAGUACGAUAUUAAGACCGACGGUCAACUAUCUAGCCGACUUUGGCGGCGGAAGCAUGGCAUGCGUAGUCGGCAUCCUUGCAGCCGUCAUCCACCGCAAUGCAUCUGGAAAGGGCCAGAUCGUCGACGCAAGCGUUCAGCAGGGUACUCGGUAUCUAGCCACAUUUCCGCUUCAACGACGCAACGGCCAACCGGACAACGAGCCAUCACUUACCGGGGUGAACGAUGCGCCGUGGUCGGAUGCGUACAGAACGGCUGACGGGAAGUAUAUGAUGGUGUCCAGUAUCGAGGACGCGCUAUAUGAGCGGUUGAUACGUGGAUUAGGCCUCGACCCUGCAAUGGUGCCGGAUCGAACUGACCGCCGGAACUGGCCAGGAAUCAGGAAGGUGCUGGCGGCUAGAUUUGGGUCGCAAUCGCAAGGCCAUUGGAGGAGCGUGUUUGAUCGAUUGCAGGCGUGCGUUAGUCCCGUGUUGGAUGUGGAUGAUGAUGAGGAGGAGGAGGAGGAGGAGCAGGCUGGCGUUGGCGUUGGGCAACCAUUGGUGCAUUUGAGUCGUACGCCGUCCUUGCCCGCAGAGCCAAUGUACUCGGGGCCGAAGUCGAAGGUGCCGGAACUGGUACCGGGGGCAGGGGACGAAGACGUUAUCCAUCGCUGGCUCGGGGUGGAUGAUAUCCGUGCGGGUGAUGGCGGCUGUAUGCGGAUUGUGCCAAAGUCCAAAUUGUGA